AUCAACAAGUAAAGUAAGGUUUCUAAUGUGAACAACAUUAGAAACUACUUACUUGUGUUCCUCUUGUUGUGUUUACCCAACAUGAGACAAAACCAAAAGACAGACUCCGCUUGUAAAAAUGCAAACAACAGAGUUUCGAUACAGUUACGGUUACUCCUCUGCCUUACUCUGUGUGGUCUUGAAAAGACAGAAGCGAUUUUUUAGUGGGGGAUCCUACAGCAUUUUGUCAGGAUUUCUGUCACUAUCACAACACAUCAACCAGUGAAUUGCUGGAGGUGGACUAUACCAGCAUCAACACACUGAAGAGUGGCUGCAACAGGUUAAGCUACAGGAUCGUUGUUGUUUUCACGGAACAGUGAAAGCUUUAGUUUAAAGGAUCUGAUGACAAGUUACAGCAACGGGGGAAUCUACAACCCUGCCUACCAUGACAGCGAGACUCUGGAAAUUGAUAGAAGGUCUUCCACCAAAAACCGGCACACGAACCCCUAUGCCAGGCAAGCCCAUGGCUUGGGGAGUGAAAGGGCAGACACGCAUUACUCAUCGGCUGCACAGCCCGGCAGUGACAGAGCUGAAGACAGAGUACCCUGGGGGGGAUGGCAGGAGGGGAGCUGGAGGGGGAGGGAGAGCAUACCCAUGGGCCUCAUCUCAACGCGUCCUGGGAGUCCUUCAAGGCAGCAUGACCUCAAUCACAGUUCGUUCCAAAUCCUUCCCGACAACCGAAGAGAUCAAUCACCUGCAAUUCGACUUCCUUCUACAGCUUCAGGGAACAUGACAAUGAGAUGGAGGGGAGCAACGAUGAGAAGGAUGAGCAUGUUUCCCAGCGCUGAUCCUUCCCAUCAAGCUCUCACAGAGGAUGUCAUCAGGAAUGAGAUUGAGAAUGAGGAGCAGAACCUGGUGAAGGAACUUGUUGCUCAGUCAACACGGGACAGAAUUCGAGCCAUUCGAGACCUUCCAAUGAGCUUCGAGGAGAAAAAACACAUCAGGAGCCAAGUGUUGGCAUUUAAAUCUGCAGAACAAUCACGCCACUUCACAUGCUUUGCAGAGUGCUCUGAGAGAGUGUCCUUGUCUUUCCGUAGGUGUGGUUAUGGUAUCAAUUCGACCAGGCAGACCCUGGUGCUGUGGCAGGGGAUUAUGAAAGAGAUUGGCGGCAAAUUCGGCACCAGUGUCCUCUCCUAUUUCUUGUUCCUCAAGUGGCUCCUCUUUUUCAACAUUUUUUCCUUUCUUGUCAACUUUUGUUUUAUCACCAUCCCAAUGCUUGUGGAUGACCACUCACCAAAUGUCCCUCCAAAUGUGACCUUCAGAGGACUGGAGCUACUGACUGGAGCUGGCUUUUUCAACCACACAACCAUGUAUUAUGGAGGCUACAGCAAUGGAACCCUGGGGAGUCUUGUUGAUUACAACAUGCAGUUGGCAUACUUCUUCACUAUUGCAAUCUACAUGGUGCUGUGUGGAAUAGCACUUAUCUUUGGCAUGGCCAGCUCAUUUAAGAAAAACUAUAUUCUAGCAGACCCAGUUUCAAACAGUGCAUGGCAGCUUCUGUGCAGCUGGGAUUUCAGUAUCACCAAUGAGCGAGCAGUGAGACAGCGCAAGAACAAUCUGCGUGUCCAACUCAAGGAGUCUUUGUCAGAAAAGGCCCAGAUGGAACUGCUCACUCUCUCUGAGAAGCUAAAGCACUUUGGGGUUCAUCUUGGGUCCUGGGUCCUUUCCACCAGUUUGGCUGCUGGCUGUGCAACAAGCAUCUAUUAUCUCUGCGAAUAUGAACAGCAGAUGACUACGGAUGUGACCGACUGGUCUCUGUCUGAGGAGGCAAAGACUCUUCUGCUGCCCUUUGUUGUGUCACUGAUGAAUCUAGUGGUGCCGCUCUUCUACUCCCUCUUCAACAAGUUUGAGCACUACUCCAGCCAGCGCAAACAGAUCUAUGCUCUGGUAGUGAGAAACGUGUUCCUUAAGAUGUCCAUUUUGGGUGUCUUGUGUUAUCACUGGAUGCAUGUGGUGCCUGAAAAGUUUUCGUGCUGGGAGUCCAUAGUGGGACAGUCUUUGUACCGUCUGGUCAUUUUUGAUUUCCUUUUUCUUUUGUUGGGAUCCUUCUUUGGGGAGUUUCUUAGCAAUGUGAUUGGGACCAGAUUAAUAACUCGUCUUGGGGUUCCAGAGUUUGACGUAGCACGAAAUGUCCUCGAGCUUAUCUACGCACAGACUCUGGCCUGGAUUGGGAUCUACUUUGCUCCUCUGCUGCCAGUCAUCCAGAUUCUGAAAUUUUUCAUCUUGUUUUACGUAAAGAAGGAAAGCCUGAUACAGAACUGCCAGCCUCCACGGCGGUCAGGAAGAGCAGCUCAGAUGCAAACUAUCUUCAUCAGCCUCCUCUUCUUCCCUUGUUUUGUGGGAGCCUUGUCCAUGGUUGCAUACACUGCUUGGAGCCUCAGUCCCUCAGAGACGUGCGGUCCUUUUCGAGGUCUCAACAACACCUUCAGUGUGGUUGGAGAGUGGAUGGAUUAUCUCGAGGUAAUCCAAGAUUAUGAAUGGGCCAUCUGGAUCUAUGAAAAAAUCAUCAGAAGUGAAGUCUUCUACUUUAUCGUCACAAUUUUCAUCAUGGUCAACAUGUACAUCUUUUGGCAAAUCACUCAAGGCCGCAAGCAGCUUAUUGUUCGACUGAGACAACAGAUUGUGAAUGAAGGGAAAGACAAAUCUUUCUUGUUAGAGAAGCUCCAGAAUCUGCAGAAAUGUCAGCCUAAUAAAAAAUCAAAGCAGAAGAAUCAGAAAAAGCACGCCAACCGGAAUCCUGAUGGCAGCUCAUCAGGUGGUCAGUCCAGCUCUAACGCCAUGGUUCAAGCUUUACUCGCUCGGCAGCGGCUUGAAGAGGAGGAAGAGAGACACAGUGCUGGUGGAGUGUCUGUUCCAUCUGACAUCUCCUCCAGUAGUCUGGUUCAGGGCAUGUUGGCUCGUCAGAGAGCAGAGGCUUCAGAGAGGGGAGAAUACUACAGCACAACAGGUUUCACUGAAAACCCCUUAAACACAUCCACCGCUGUUACACAGGCGAUGCAAGCCAGACAAAGAGCAGGCGAGUACGGAACAGAGGAGGUAGACGGCCUGUCGUCUUCUGUGUCGAGUGUGAUGAUGCAGGUCAUGCAGGCCAGGCAAAGAGCAGAGGAAGAGGACAGAUCUCAGUGGGCCCCUGCUCCUCAGCAAAACACAGCUCCUGCAGGAUCCAGCGCUCUCAUACAGGCCAUGCUGGCACGGCAACAAGCCCAGAACGAGUACGAUGAUGGUUACUGAGCAAAGAGUCAGACAUAGGAACUUUGUCACUCAAACAUGAUUUAGAAUCACUGAAAUUCCAUAAAUCAAGAGACUCAGACCAGCUGUACAUAAAAGUGUUGAGCUUCUGUAGCAGGACUAGGAGAGAGAGUGCGGGUCCACCUUUCUCCUUUUUCAUACAUAUAUUUUAAUAGUAUAUUUCUAUGACAGAGUAUAAGCGUUGUAACAUAAAUUAAAAUAGUGCAUAAGAAGCUGCAGGCCCUACAGUGCCAUUUCAAAUGUAAGAAGGUUGUUAAUUCUGUAUUCUCUGUGAAAUGUGAAUGAACACCAAAUACAAAUAAAGGAAAUAUAUAAGCAUA